UGCAGUUUACAAAUUCUGGAUAAAGAAUCUAAACUAAAUACAGGACUCGGAUUCCGUGCUGUUGAAUGUUACUUCGGAUCAUGUAUGUCAGUGCUAUCCCAAAAUUAAAGAGCUCUCUGAGCUCUGCAUUACAGAUAUGGAACGGAGUAAAUGUAUACGGAGUGAAUAUUCUCGUAUAGGAUGGAUAUUUCUUCCACUGUUGCUUAUUACUAUGGAAGCCCCAAUUAAUCGUCAAGUUGGAAUAAUAAGUCAAGGAGAUGCAGAAAAUGUCACUGUAGCCCUAACGGCCCUCGCUAUAAUGGAUGUAAUAGAGUCGAUGCUAAAGUCAGUUGUGUCCCCGUCCCAAUCAAUUCAGAUCUUUAUCGUGUUGGUUAACACGAGGAAAGAUUUUUGGAGUGCGGUUGUAUUUGUAACGUUCAUGGGUUUUGUCACCGCUGGUGUUAUGCUCACGUUGGGAUUAACUCCGUGUGGAGAUUUCAUACAGAUAGCUUUCGAUAUGAAAGAAGAUGAACGAAUUAUCUUCAACAUGGGAAUCGCCUCUGUUUGUUUAGCAGCGUGUAUUGGAAAUAUAGAUGUCGGUUUAAAGGGUCUGUUAUCCAAAAGAUACCACAUUAGAUAUUGUUUGAUGUCCGGGAUAUUAAGACUCUUAUUGAAGAUAGUCGUCACCUUUGGCUUAAUGCAGACUGAUUUGGCAUCUCGGAACACUAUUCUAAUUCCAGUGAUUUCACAAUAUGCGUGUAUUUUAUCUUCAACUGUAUUCCUUAUCGGGGCCUACAUAAAAUUGGACAUUUUAGGCGAGUUACCCGCCUCAAUUCCAACCCAACCUCCAUUGGAUUACUUGAGAAUAUUGCGGAUGAUCUUACCAAUGGGGGCGAAAGAGUUGACAGAGAGACUCGAACCGUUCAUAUUGUACGCCAUUCUUCGUCAUACUGCGCGGAAUGAUAGAGAUCGAAAUGAUGUGAUUGGAUAUCUUUAUGUUGUUCAUCAAACUGGAUUCAUGUUGAUUCGAGGCCUGUUUGCUACAAACCCAUUAGUAACUAUCUACCUAUCGAACACGAAAAUGUUUGACUAUAGGGAAAAAUAUCAUAGACUUGUGAUAUUCACCAUAGCAACAGUAACCAUAGUACAAGCCAUUAUAGUCAGCUUUGCGUGGAUACCACAACUAACAAGAUUUUUAUUUGUAGACUAUUUGAAAGUGUCCGAUGAAAAAUUCAAUCUUGUCACUUAUCCUUUCAAACUUUGGACUUUCAGCCCUAUCAUCUACGGUCUUUACAUGUUCUCUCUCGGCGUGGUAGUCCAUAGUAAGGAUACAAAGAUACUACUCGUAUGUUCAGUUGUACAGCUGAUACUUUCAGGGUUAUUGCCAUAUUUGUUUUCCCUCAUAAAAAUGUCGGGUCUGAUUUCGGGCACAAUGUCUGUUUUCCUAAUAAAUACUUCAGCUGCGUUUAUAUUACUUGUGUACAAUUAUAUCCAUGGUAAGAUCGGGAAAACUGAUUAAUUAAAAAAAAGUAUAAAAUAUUUCAUUCCUUUAAAUUGGCAAAAUGCAGUCUUGUAGAUUUCAAGUAUGAUAUCACUUUGUCUGAUUUUUUGUAUGUUCAAUGUCUAAAAAUCAAGAUUAUUUCUACGUGCAUCUAGUCUUUAAUAGAUAUGAGUUAAAUCUAAUCAAUUGUGACCAAUGUCUUUAUUAUAGUAUUAUACCGAUUAUACCAUGUUUUUGCUUGAUUUAUUUUGUUGAGAAUUAAUUUUGAUGUAAUAUUUUCAUGUUUAAUGUUAAAAUUAUGUUUUUCAGUACAUGUAAAUUAAUGAUAUUAGAAAUAUGUUCAAACUAUUUUAGCAAAUAC